ACCUCAGCUUCAGCUUCAGCAUCAGGUCCCAUAACAUCAUAAAUUGCUGAUGCUCACCCCCAAAUCAAGGACUUCUUGGCUAAAGGGCUCUAUGACAAAGCCAUCAACCUUUUCAAAGACCAUGUCCACCCCUUCUUUCCAAACCAUGAAAGCAGCGUCUUUAUACUGCCGUCGAUCAUCAAAGCCACUGCAAGUUCCCAAACCCACAAUCCCUUGGGCCUUCAGCUUUCACUGCUAUGCCUUUAAAAAUGGGUUUGAUUCAGAAUCUACAGUUUCGAAUUCUCUCAUCCCUGUGUAUGCAAAAUUCUCAGACACAAAGAGUGCAUACAAAAUGUUCGACACAAUGCCUCAAAGAGACACCAUUUCUUGGAAUUCGAUGAUAAAUUGUUAUAUGCAAAAUGGGUUUUUGUUGGAAUCAAUGAAGAUGUUUAAGGAUAUGUAUAUUUGUGGAUUUGAGCCCAAGCCCGAGUUGAUUGCUAGCGUUUUAUCAGCUUGUAGUCAGACAGAAAAUUUUCGAUUAGGAAGAUUGAUUCAUGCUAUUGUUACAGUGGAUGAAAGAUUUGACAAGUCGGUUUUCAUGUCAACCGCAUUGGUAGAUUUUUACUGGAGAUGUCAUGAUCAGGAGACUGCUUUUCGUGUAUUUGAUAGAAUGGAAGUUAGAAAUGAAGUCUCAUGGACUGCUAUGAUCACGGGAUGUGUGGCAGAUCAUGACUAUGCCAAGGCACUGGAUUGUUUUCGUGCAAUGCAGGUUGAAAAAGUUAAACCAAAUAGGGUGACAGUAAUUAGUAUUUUACCAGCAUGUGCUGAGUAUGGUUCAGUUAAUUGUGGAACAGAGAUCCACGGAUAUGCUUUUCGUCACGAGUUUGACAGGGAUUUUAGAUUCUGCUCAGCUCUCAUACAUAUGUAUUGAGAAUGCGGAGAAAUUUGGGCUGCAAAGCUUAUUUUUGAAAGAUCAACUACAAAGGAUGUUGUGAUGUGGAGUUGUAUAAUUGCAGGCUAUUCACGGAAGAAAGAAACUGCUGAAGAAGCUCUAGAGCUCUUUAAUGAAAUGCAGAAAAAGGGAUUUCAACCCAACAGUGUUACAUUAUUGUCUGUGAUUUCUGCCUGUACCAAACUUUUGUCGACAUGCCAUGCAGGUGGAGUCCAUGGCUAUGUCCUGAAAUCUUGCUUGAUAUCUGAAUUGAAUAUCCAAAACUCGCUCAUUAGUAUGUAUGCCAAGUGUGGUUGUCUUCAGGAUUCAGUUAAGAUUUUCAAGGAGAUGACACAGAGGGAUUCUGUUUCAUGGACUGCAAUUAUUAGUGCUUAUGGUCUGUAUGGUUGCGGGGAGGAUGCCUUGCAACUCUUUGGUGAGAUGCAAGAGAGUGGGAUGAAAGCUGAUGUAAUUGCACUUCUUGAAGUCAUGAUGUUGUUAGAUUUGCAUACAACUUGAAUUGAAACUUGUGAGGCCCGAAAUCCAUUUCACAAGGGGGUCCUAUUACUUGAAGAAUGGUUCUAGC